AUGACGUUCUGUCCCGACGACCAAACAAACCCUUCUUUACGUGUUGUUUUUUUGUGCGGGAAAAUUUCUUUCUCUGAAGGCAAAGAGAUAAAAAAGGCGUUUAAGGUUUUAGGGCAAGUGGGAAAAACAGAUCACACAUGCGACAUUCUCUUUUGCGAGUGGUGUUUGGUGUUUUGUAUUUGGGGCGUUUGUGGUGGUUUUUGGCACAAGCCUCACUCAGCGAUGAUGCUAAGAGAAUGCAUUGUGGGUUAUGACUCUCUGCCGCGAUUGGAUGUGUUUUGCGGUGGACUCGUGAUUACAAAACUUCAGGAACGUUCUGAGCUGAAAUUAGAUACAAAACUUUUCCUCGCGUCGUAUGCUUCCAAGCAUAUGUGUAAGGUGCGCGACUUCGUGCCAUUUUUCUUUCGUCUCUUUCUUCGCGCGCGAAAGGCGAUGAUGGUGAAAACAAAUACAAGCAAGUCUGAUAAUGUCAUGAUUAUCUCUGUCUUCCUGAGCCUAAGAAGACGGAGAAAGAGUUUUGUUUUUUCCGUCGCGUAUUUUUCUUCUCUCUUUCUCUCUCUCUCUCUCUCUCUCUCUUUCUCUUUGACGUCGGUGCGCAUGAAAGAAAUCGACAUUGAUACAGGCGAUGAUGCGAAACAAUGUUCCCAUACAUUUUAUGAGACAAAUGUGAUCUGA